AUGGAGGGCCGCGCGACGCCGCCGGCCCCGCGCUCCCCCACGCGGAGCCAGGUCGUGGAGCGCGAGGUCGAGGAGAUGGCGGCGAAGCGGCGCGAGAUGGACGAGCUCGAGUCGGCCCUCAAGGCCAAGUCCGAGAGCCUCGACGCGCGCGUGAGCCGCCUGCGCGUGUCCGCGGAGAAGCAGCGGUCCGCGGGCCGGGCGCGGCGCACGCCCGUGCCGAGCCGGUCGCCGGCGUCGUCGCGGGCGCCGGCGUCGCCGCGGUCGCCGGCGUCGUCGCGCCGGGGGCGGCCCGUGGCGACGCCGUCCGCGUCGCCGCGGCCGUGGACGCCCGGCGGCGCGGAGCCGCGGCCGAGCCCCGGCGCGGCGCGGCCCCUGCCCGCCGCCGGCGCCGGCGACGCCGCGGCGGCAAAAUGGGCGUCCCUGUCGUCGGAGAUCGACGACGCGCUCGGCGCGGCCGCGGCGCGGCCGCCCGCGGCCGCGGCGCCGCCGCCGCGGCCCGCGGAGCCCGCGGCGGCGCGGCAGACGGCCCUCGCCGACGAGGUGCGGCGCGCCGCCGCGCGGGGCCGCGAGCUCGCGAGGAAGCUCAAGGCCGCGGACGUCGAGGGCGAGCGCCGCGCGACGGAGGGGCGGCAGCUCGCCGCGCUCUGCGAGUCCGUGGAGCAGCGCCAGCGCGCCAUGCUCGACCAGGCGGACCGCCUCGCCGCGCAGGAGCGCCAGCUCGCGGCGCGCCUCGCGGCCGUCGUCGCCCAGCAGGACCGGCCGGACGACGGCGACGACGACGACUUCGCCGCGGGCGACCGCCCGUUCGCGGCCGCGACGCUGGUCGAGGCCGCGGCGCUCCUCGAGCCGCGGCGCGACGCGUUGGCGACGCGGGCGGCGCGCGAGCCCGAGCGGCCGGGCGCCGCGCCGUCGCGGCUCGAGCGCGCGUGGCUCGGCGCGCUGCGAGCCGAAAUCGCGGCCGUCGACGCCGUCGGGCCGUCGAUCGCGGCGCUCUGGCCGCCGCCGAGCACGGCCGGCGCCGCGCCGGCGUCGGCGCCGCCCUGGGCGCGGCCCGCGGGCGGGCUCGCCGCGCCGCGCUGGGACGCGCGCGCGCCGUCCGCCGACGAACUUUUCGACGAGACGCUGUGCGCGCUCGCGUCGACGCGGGCGCUGCGGGCGGGCGCCCUGGGCCGCGGCGACGGCGCGGCCUUCGGCGGGGCCUGCGUCGUCGUCGACGUCUGCGGCGUCGACGCGCUCCGCGACGAGACGACGGACCGCUUCCAGAACACGCGCGGCGAGGGCGGCCUCCCGGAGUGGGGCGGCGGCGCCGCCGCGCCGGCGGCGCCGCCGGGCGCGUCGCGCGUCCGCGAGGCCGCCGCCGGCGCCGAGGAGCUCGCGGCCCUCGACGAGGCGCGGAGUCGGGCGCUGGAGCUGCUGCGGCGGCCCGAGGCGGACGGGUCCGCGGCGCUCGACGCGCGCUGGGCCGCCGUCGACGGCGUCUACGCGGCGGCGGCCGCGGCUUUGGCGGCCGCCGGCGGCGACGUCGUGCGCGUGACGACGUCGGGCGCCCUCGUCGCCUUUUUCCGCGACGACCGGGGCGUCGACGGCGCCGUCGCGGCGGCGGCGCUGUCGGCGCUCGCGCUCUGCGCGUCCGAGGGCCCCGUCGCGGGCGCCUGCGAGGCCGCGGGUCUGCCGAGCGUGCGCUGCGCCGUCGCCGCGGGCCAGCUGCGCGUGUCCGAGGUCGCGCUGGGGCCCGACGAGAUCCGGCUCGUGCCCUCGGGCGCGGCGCUCGAGGCGGCGACGCGCGCGCUCGCCGUCGGCGGCGGCGAGAUCGGCGACGUCGUCGCCACGGUAGACGCCAAGGCGCGCCUGUUGAAGCGGGGCUGGCCCAAGGCCGCCUUCGAGCCCGAGGACUUUGCGGCCCGCGGCAAGUUCACGACGCUCGUCCGCGCGCGCAAGCCGCCGCCGCCGCCGCGCGGCCCGGCCUCGACGAAGGAGCGGGGCCCGCUGCGCGCGGCCCUCGUCGCCGCGCCGAGCCCGCGGGCCCGGUCGGGCGUGCGAUCUCGCGUGCCCCUGCUGGCCCGCGAGGACGCGGCGGCGCCGGGCGACCCGCGGCGCGUCCACGGAACGCCCGCGGGCGCGUCGGGCUGCACGAUCGUCUGCGCCAAGGUGGUGGUCGCCGGGGGCCUGACGCAGGCGACGCGCGACGGCGCUGCCAAGGCCGUGAGCCGCGGCGUGCGGGGCUUCGGCGGGCGCGUCGUCGACGUCGCGGCGUCCGACGACUGGAUUACCAUCUGCGCCGCGUUCUUCGCCGAGCCGCCGCUGCGCGCGUCGGCGGGCCGCGGCGCGGCGGCGGCGCUCGCCGUGGACUACGCGCUGACGGCCCUGGAGACGGCCGCGCGGAUGACGUGGGGCGUCGGCGCCGCGUCCGGGUUAGGGGUGCGGAAGACGUGCGGCCGGCCCGACGCGGGCAAGGCCCACUUCGUCACGUCCACGGCCAUCGCCGCGGCCAUGGCUUUAGCGAAUGGCGCGGCGUCCAAGGUGAACUGGGCGGCCCUCGACGCGCGGCACGCGCACGACGGGGCCGCGCCGCGGGUAUUGUGCGACGAGGCGACGCAGCGCGCCGCGCGGAAGCAGACCGUGGCCCUGCCGCUGGCCUACUUCCCGCGGGGCGCGGAUUUCAGCGGCGACGCGCCCGACGACUCGGCGGCGGCGGCGGCGGCGCUCAAGGGGCCCCACCUCGCGUCGCCGUGGGGCGCGAAAAGAGCCGUGGGCUUCUCGCGCGACGGCCACUUCAUGCUCCUGCCGGCGGCGGAGGCGCCGGAGUUGGUGAGCGGCCUCGACGCGGACACGCCCCGCUGCGUGUCCUGCCCCGCGCCCCUGCUCCGGGCCGUGUCGGACCAGCGCGGCGGCGACGACCACCACGUGCUCCUCGACGACCCGCUCGGCGACCUCGCGCCCAAGGCGAAGCAGCUCGCGAAGCGCGCCUUCGCGCUGGCCUUCGGCCACUGCCGCGCGGCGGACGACGGCGCGCCGCCCGCGGGGCCCGGCGGCCGCCGCGAGCCGCGCGCGGCCGCCGCGCCGCUCGGGCGGUCCGCGUUCGCGAAGCUGCUGCCGGCGCUGCUCGGCGCGGGCUCCUACGACGACGCCCUCGCCGACGCCCUCUGGGCGCGGUCCGGCGGCGACGCGGCGACGGCGACGGAUCUCGCGCGCGCGUGGGCGCGGUUCCCGCGCGACGAGGGCGAGGACGACGGCAACGGGUCGCUGCUGCUGCUCGGCGACGCCUACGAGGCGCUGCGCGCGCGCUGCGCCGACGUGCCCCGGACCGCGCGGCGCGAUUUACUGGCGGCCGUGGACGCGCUGCCGCCGCCGCACCAGCUGCUGCUCCGCGCCGCGGCCGUCGCGGCGGGGUGCGGCGACGUCGGCCUGCUGCGGGCCGCGCUCGCCCCGACGCCGCCGGGCGCGCCGGGCGUCGGGGGCUUCGAGGCCUUUGGCGCGUCCUGCGACCGGAGCGGCUUCCCCGCCGGCGAGGAGACGUUUGACGCCGUUUUGGACGGCCUCGCGGAGCUCGGCUUUCUAACGGUCGACCGCGCGCGCGCCGCGUUCUCGUUCCCCGACGCGCUCCUCCACGACGCCGUCCUCGACUCGACGCCGGCGAAGCGCAAGCGCGCGCUCCACGCCUUCCUCGCGAAGCGGCUCCGGUCCGCGCAGCGGCGCCACGCGGACGCGCCGGGCGGCGAGGAGCGCGCGGCCGUCGCGCUCGCGCACCACGCGGUCGGCGCGGGCGACGCGGAGCUCGCCUGCGAGGCGGCGGCGGGGCUGGCGGCGCUGGGCGGCGCGACCUUCGUGGCGGCCUUCGCCACCGUCGCGGUCCUCGGCGCGCCCGCGCCCGCGCAAUCGGUGGACGUGCCGCUCGCGCCCGACGAGGUCCUGGCGCCGCGCCGCGCGACGGCGCUCCUCGCGUCCCUGCCGGCCUACCGCGGCGCCCUCGACGCGCUCCGGGCGGCCCAGGUCGCGACGACGCUCCUGAAGGCCGCCGACAAGUUCCUCGCGAAGUUGAAGCUCCCGGCGACGGACGACGCGGACCCGGCGGACUUCGAGGCGGGGGGGGCGCUGGCGUAA